GGUGUGGUGGGAGAGAACCGGGAUGCAGCUGCUGCCUAGGGAGACAGGGAGUACCUGCAUCCAGUCCGCACAUCAGCACCUUUAAAACCAGCAGGCUUUUCCCCGACGCGUCUACUUAUGGUGCGCUGAACAGCUUCUUCUUCUUCUUUUUCUUUUUUUUUUUCAAACAUACAUUUGAAAGAAGUGGAACCCAAUGGAUGCAGACCGCGUAGUCCCGCUUGGUAUCUUCAUACUGUGUUUGAUUUAGCCCACAACCAGAGACACCUUGAUGAAACAGCAGGAACUACGAGGACUGUUGUUGCAAUGGAGUCGACUCUCUCACGGCUCAAAGCCCGUCUCUAAACCUUCAACAUCUCGUUUCAUGGCGUUUUGCAGCGGAAAAAAACGUCCACUGUUCACAAAACUAUGAACGAGGAGAUGACAAAAAGCGAGGAGCAGCAUCUUAGUUUGCAGAAAGCCUUGCAGCAGUGCGAGUUGGUGCAAAAUAUGAUAGACAUAAGCAUUUCUAGUUUGGAGGGUUUACGGACCAAAUGUGCCACAUCCAACGACUUGACACAAAAAGAGAUACGAACGCUGGAGGGGAAGUUGGUAAAGUACUUCAGCCGCCAGCUGUCCUGUAAGUGCAAAGUGGCCUUAGAGGAACGCAGUGCCGAGCUGGAGGACUUUCCUCGCCUCGGCCACUGGUUCCGCAUUGUCAACUUGAGGAAAGAGGUCACACAGGAAAUGAGUCCAGGUGAGGUGACCCUGGAGGGCUUGCUGGAGAUGAGCGAGGAGCAGGUGUGUGAGCUGCUGCAAAAGUUUGGUGCCAGUGAAGAGGAGUGUGCCCGUCUCAACGCUUCCCUCUCCUGCCUCAGAAAGGCCCACCAGCUCGAACAACUUGAGGAGGAUAAAUUGCACAAUAAUGGAGGGAGCCAGACCAAACAGGACUGGUCCAUUCAGUGGCCCACAUCAGAAUCUGGCAAAGAAAACACUCCGGUGUGCCAGCCAGAGGCCAGUCAGUGGAUUCGGUUCCAGCUCUCUCAAAGCCCCAAAGUCCAGUCCAAGUACAACCAGCACAUGUGCCACAGCCCACAGGCCCUGGCCCCCCCAUUGUAUGCCGAUCGACUCACUGUCGACAGCCCCUCUUCAGGGCUCUUCCCUCCCUUGGACUCUGGUCAUCGCUCCCUGCCCCCAUCACCCCGCCAGAGGCAUUUUGGUCACACCCCUCCUCGGACUCAUUUGGUGGUCAACACCAUGACCCCACCUGGCACUCCUCCCAUGCGGCGAAGGAAUAAGGUGAAGGCCCCAGGAACACCACCUCCGCCAAGCCGCAAACUUAUCCAUCUUUUGCCAGGCUUCACCGCUCUGCACCGCAGCAAAUCCCAUGAGUUCCAGCUGGGGAACCGCUUGGAUGACACACAGACACCAAAAGCCAAGAAGAAGACCAAGCCCUUGAACCUUAAGAUCCACAGCAGUGUGGGCAGCUGUGAGAACCUGCCCACACAGCGCUCACCCCUCCACACUGAACGAUCUCUGCGAUCCUUCUUCUUCCCCUCUUUCAUCCCUUCUACACCACCUGUUCAUGCCGAAACACCCUCUGCAAACACUCUCUCAGUGCCUCGCUGGUCCCCACAGAUUCCCCGAAGAGAUCUGGGAAAUUCAAUAAAACACAGGUUUUCCACAAAAUACUGGAUGUCCCAGACAUGCAUAGUAUGUGGAAAGGGAAUGUUGUUUGGACUGAAAUGUAAAAACUGCAAGCUGAAGUGCCACAACAAAUGCACCAAAGAAGCCCCACCUUGCCAUUUACUGAUCAUUCAGCGAGGCGGACGGGAAUCCCUCAAAGAUCAUCAAGGAAUAACUCAAGUAGCUCGUCUGGUACGGACUGAAUCAGUGCCAUGUGACAUCAACAACCCGCUCAGGUACACAGACCUGCACAUCAGUCAGACGCUCCCCAAAACCAACAAAAUCAACAAGGAUCACAUCCCAGUCCCAUACCAACCAGACUCCAGCAGUAACCCCUCAUCCACCACCUCCUCCACCCCUUCCUCCCCGGCUCCUCCUUUGCCCAGCAGUGCCACGCCACCCUCCCCUCUGCACCCCUCCCCACAGUCAGCAAGGCAACAGAAACAGUUCAACUUGACAGCCUCCAGUUAUUUCAAAUACAAGCAACAGUUCAUAUUCCCCGAUGUUGCUCCCGAGGCUCCUCCCAGCCGAGCUCCGCAGGUCAUUCUGCAUCCCGUUCUUUCUGAACCAGGCAAUGAGGGCAACCCUUUGCUUCAAAUCGAAGUUGAACCUACAUCAGACAAUGAGGAAGGCAAUGAUGAGGACUCUGGUGAUGAGUUUGAGGAGAUGAACUUGUCGCUCCUGUCGGCUCGAAACUUCCCACGUAAGGCCAGUCAGACCAGUAUCUUCCUGCAGGAAUGGGACAUCCCCUUUGAGCAACUAGAGAUUGGGGAGAUGAUUGGUAAGGGUCGCUUUGGAAAGGUUUUCCAUGGACGAUGGCAUGGCGAGGUCGCCAUUCGCUUAAUUGACAUUGAGCGUGAUAACGAAGACCAGCUGAAGGCCUUCAAACGUGAGGUGAUGGCCUACCGAAACACUCGCCAUGAAAAUGUGGUGCUCUUUAUGGGGGCCUGCAUGAGCCCACCACACCUGGCCAUCAUUACCAGCUUUUGUAAAGGCAGGACACUUUAUUCUGUAGUGCGAGACGCCAAAGUUGUCCUGGAUGUUAACAAGACACGACAGAUUGCGCAAGAGAUGGUCAAGGGGAUGGGCUACCUCCACGCAAAGGGGAUCUUACACAAAGACAUGAAGUCCAAGAAUGUGUUUUAUGACAAUGGCAAAGUCGUCAUCACUGACUUUGGGCUCUUCACCAUAUCUGGGGUUCUGCAGGCUGGCAGCCGCAGAGAAGAUAAACUGAGGAUCCCCAACGGCUGGUUGUGCCACCUAGCCCCUGAAAUCAUCCAGCAGCUCUCUCCAGAAACAGAAGAGGACAAGCUUCCUUUCUCCAAACAGUCAGAUGUCUUUGCUUUUGGCACCAUCUGGUACGAGUUACACGCACGUGAAUGGCCUUACAAGAGUCAACCAGCAGAGGUGAUCAUAUGGCAGAUCGGCAGUGGGAUGAAACCCAAUCUUGCACAAACUGGCAUGGGGAAGGAGAUAUUAGAUAUUCUGCUCCUCUGCUGGGCGUACAAGCCAGAGGAGCGACCCAGCUUCUCCAAGCUGGUAGAUUUACUGGAAAAGUUGCCAAAAAGGAACCGCCGCCUUUCCCACCCAGGGCACUUCUGGAAGUCAGCUGAGUAUGUCAAAUAAGUUAGGGACAUAAAACAGCAAACAAUCAGCAAGUAUAAAAAAGCAGCCGCCAUAACUCCACAUAAAUAACCCACCUCCUUAAAGAAUGCACUGAAUCCAAAAGCCAGCCCAGUGAUGAAAACUGCCCGUGCUGUGUGUAUUUUCAUGGAAUGUUGGCAUGUGUGUGUACAGAUACGUUGACUGUCCAGUUUCUCAAAGCAGUCGGGACUCAUAUUUUCUUUGGUUUGAUUCACACCAUACUGGAUAUAUUUCCUUUAUAUUUUUUGUCUUUUACUAUUGACUUGUUCCCGUCAUUAUAUUUAUUUCUUGGCUGUAUCUUGCUUGUAAUUUCAAACAGAUCACGUCAUCCUGGACUUUAAAAAAAAAGUUUUGAACAAAUGUAGUUUUUUGUGUUUUUUUUCCAUGUUUUAUUCGCGUUUGUUUUGAAUCAGUGUAUAUGUUGUACAUCACAUAUUGUAUAUAUUCAUGACAUUGUCUUGCCAUUCCUUAUGUCUGUCAAGUGUGUAGACCAUUUUGUCAGUGUUACCUCAUUGUCUCAUGUGUGGAUGUCCAGGAUUCAUCUUUGUCUCAAAUGUUUUGUCUAACUGAAAAUGCCCUUUUAUUUACACCGUACCAUUUGAAUGUGAAGAAGCCAGCAUCCCUGUUUGUGUGGGGAUGUAUUGGCCCUGUUCUUUGAUGGGAGACUGUUCUCUGAUCAGCCUGUGCUUUGAAUAUUGCCUGUGAACAUAAGCUAGAUGUUUGAACAAUAACAGCCUUUGGGUAAAAAAAGAAAAAGAAAAAAAAAAAAGCCACCGGUCAGACCAGGAAUCCCCUACUUGACGAUGUUCUGUGAAAUUGCUGACACUUGAAAUGUAGUGUUCGUCAGCUGAACUAAUUACCUUUCGGUAGUGCUAUCACUGAGCCCCCCCCAAACCAUUCCCCAGUUCCCAUAAAUCAUUGUAUAUUAUUUUUCUUUAAAUAGAUAAUGGCAGAUAACAGUAUAAUAUAGAUCUAAAGCUUGUUACAGUGUAGUCGAUACAGUAAUUUUAAGUUAUUUUAAACGUUGUAGACCCUAAUCACAAAGUUUUACAAGUUACACAUUAGUUUUCACAAUAUGUGUAUCCAAUGGAAAAGGUUUAAAAAGCUUAAAAUCCCCAUCUCUGCACUGAAGUGACUGUUGGACAUGGAUUGAGAAGAUGUGGCUUCGGAAUAGCAAAAUAAAGUUAAAAAAAGGUUAGAAAGUUUCUUAAAAGCAGUGUUGCAGUCAGUUUGACACUGAACGCUUCAAAGAAAUUCUUCCUAAUCUUGAAUAUUUAUCGAUACCACUCACUCUGCACUGUUCUUGGAUGGCAGGUUUUAAGAUCUGCUCUUCCAAGCUGAAUAAAUAAUCUUGUAAUCAGCUGUGUGUUCAAAAUGAAUUUUACAGGCAGCUUGACUGCUUUCAUAUCUGAGUAGAGAUGCAUACAAAUGAUACAUUCUUGUAAGGUGUAGGUAAUUAAAGCCGGACUUUGCAACUGUUGUUGAGGAGUUAUGAGAUAAUGCUAAAGCUACUUCUUCCAGUAUUGCAUAAAUUGGUAAAUGUGCUUUUUGCUAAUGUCAGCCACCGUAAGUUAUGGUUGCACCACUCUUUGCAUCGCAAAAAAAUUUCUAAUUUGUAAGAUUUUAGCUAAUUCUCAGCUGGUAUACAGAGUCAGUGUGAUUUUUUUUAGCUACCUGCUCCUUAUGAAUAUAACUGAAUGUGGCAUUCCUUGUGAAUGCAAGCAGAUAAAAUGUAAUGCUACAUAAUUUAUGCAGCAGGUGGCGUACAACUUCCUCUCUGAUGGUGACUUAAAAAAAAUAUACCUGCCACCAGAUGCUAUAAAAGUUCUAAAGGAUAAGAAAAACUGGAGCAGCAGAACAUGAAUAUAUGUCUUUAUUUGCUGUGAUAAUUGGCAAGAUUUGAUAGUGUUGACUUCUUUGUCAGGUUUAUUGUUUAAUUAGACAUAACAGCUUUUCCAUCUGCGUCUACAAUGAUGGAUUUGAAUGGGUUAUUUUUGACAACAACACUGCUAUAAAGCUGACUGUGGAGCACAUUUAAAAAUAAUCUGAAACUUGCAAUCAUGUGAGUAACUUAAAUCUGGCUGAACUUUCCCUUUAACAUAUCAGGAAAAAAAUAAAUAAAACAUAUCAGGAUGCUGAAGACCACCCCUGGCCAUUUUUCUACUUCAUGCUGUAUAUCAAAAUAUAUUUUAAAUGUAUGUUAUAGAGAACUAGCUAAGUCAUAUCACCAUGAAAUUGGAAGCUGUGGCAUAAUUUGAGCUGUACACUGCUUGAUUCUGUCUAGCCACGUUGAAUAGAUGGAGACAAUCCAGUCAUGUUAAAUAGCCAUUUUCACCUCAUUAUAUACACAUCUGCCAGUGUUGGAAAAUGCAUACAAACAAUCUGCUGCUGUUUUUGGGAGUCUGUCUGUCUAUUUUGGAAUUGCUGGGAUUCAAAUAUUGUAAGUGGAUCAUUUAUAUUUGUACUGUUUACAACUUUAAAGUGCAUGAGAUGGACUAUCAAAGAUUGAUUCUUGUUAAGAAAAAAAAAAAUCCUUCAAUACUAUAUAUAAAAAAUAUGUGAGCAUUUUUCUGAUGACCUGUUGUCCAUUGAGCAGUUUGAUCUCAAAUUUUACAUCAGGCUUUGCAAAACUUUUCAACAGCUUUGUUCGAGAGAAUGAUUGUUGCAGUAUAUUUAUAGAUUAUAUAAAUGAUUAUACUAGAAUUAAAAUUUAAAAAGUUACAACCUGUGCACAUGCUAAAGUUGACAACAAACCAACUGGACAACAAUCAAAGAUAUAACAUUAGUGCCAAGUGUACAUAACAGAUUGUAGACAAUGUUUUAUCGUCACUUGCCGUAAUAAUAAUAUUCCUUGUGAAUUUUUUGAACUUUUUCUUUUGAAUGUAUAAAUUGUGUUGUGUUUUUUUGUUGCCUUUGUUAUCUGUUCAUUUUAAUUUAUUUCCUUCAUUUUCCUUCUAAUUGCAUAAGCAUUGAUGCUGUGUUGUUUCUUUUCCUUGAUUCCGUCCUUGUAUUGUAGAUGAUAGCUCCAAAAAGCUUGUAUUUAAUGAUGCCUUAUGGUCCAUGGCUUAGUGAUGAGUAG